GAUCUCGAGUAACUGGCGAGUUGCACCAUUCAAAUUUAUAAAAUCAAAUUCGACCUAAAUUGAGAAAAUGCGAAUCUGAUUUUAAUUCGCGAUGAAGAAUUUCAGCUGUACUAGAACUGACGCAAGAGUGUUUUAAUCUUUAUUUCUGCGGAACGGCGUCGUUUUAUUGAUGUUUAGUUUAACGACGACGUUUAAUUCGUCUCUCAUUUAGUUUGAUCUAGUCACGUAGCUUUUUGGCUUGGGCAGUGGGUCAGAGAAUUCGUGAGCAACAAGAAGUGCCAUUGGUAAAUCUGUCGCAACUAUAAAACCCUUCCGUUUCCCACUUCAAUCUACUGGAGCAGACCAAUUGGGAGAGCGAAUUUGAGAAGUAUUUUUGCAAUGGGGAUUUUGAGGAGCGGGUUCUCGUUUAUAGCGGGUACGGUGUUUGGAAUAUUUGUCGCUCAAAACUACGACGUUCCUAAUAUAAAGAAGCUCACGGAUACUGGUCUGUUAGUAGCUAAGCACAUUGAAGAAACCUAUCGAAAGCCAAAGAAGCGAGACGGAGAUUAGGGUUUAUAAGAUCUUUUCAAUUUUUAUAGGAUCAAUUUCAGGAGAUAUAAUUGUAAUUUCUGCGGAAUUCAAAUUUUAUUGUUCAAUCAUCUAAUGUUUGGUAUUGUGAA